UCUCCUCUCCCUCUUUGAAUUUUUUUUAAGCAUAAAAAUAAUGAGAAUCCCACUCAGUAUUCAUCCAUCUUCACCUUGAUCAGUAUCCGUCCAUACUAAAAAAAAAAAGAAAAAAAAGCCGUAGAUUCCCAUUUCCCACGUAAACCACUUAACCGUCAAAAUCCGCCGCUUCAAAUCUACGAUUUUUCCGAGAAAAUAAAGAAAAAGAAAAAAAAUAAAGAAAGAGAAAGAGAGAGAAAUUUGGCCUCAUUUUUUUUUUAAUAACGAUCUCCGCGGCGUUCCCUAUCUUCACGCACACAAUAAAAGCACACUGAUUAUAAAUAUGUGUAUAUAAUAUCAUUGUUUGUUUGCUGAUAUCGCUAUUGUAAGUACAUCGAGUGCAGACACCCUAAAAGACUCCGGCGGCGGGUGAUUUUUGGUCACCGCCAUGGAUUCAGGCGGCGCAACUCAGGUCACCUCCGCCGGCGGGGUUCAGAUCCGGCAAGCUAGAAGGUUGCCGGAUUUUCUCCAGAGCGUGAAUCUCAAGUACGUGAAAUUAGGGUACCAUUAUUUAAUCUCCAAUCUGUUGACUUUGUGUUUCAUUCCUUUGAUUUUUAUAACCCUAAUUGAGGCCUCGCAAAUGGAUCUGGGUGAUUUGCGCCAUCUAUGGCUUCACCUUCAGUAUAAUCUGGUCAGCGUUAUUAUAUGCUCUGCUUUCUUGGUUUUUGGUUUCACUGUUUAUAUCAUGUCUCGUCCUAGACCGAUUUAUCUCGUUGACUAUUCCUGUUAUCGUGCCCCUGAUCAUCUCAAGGCUCCCUAUAACCGGUUCUUGGAACAUUCACGGCUCACCGGAGACUUUGACGAAUCGUCUCUUGAGUUUCAGCGCAAGAUUUUGGAGCGUUCAGGCCUAGGCGAGGACACUUAUGUUCCCGAAGCGAUGCACUUCAUUCCACCGAGGCCUUCCAUGGCCGCGGCUAGAGAGGAGGCCGAACAGGUCAUGUAUGGUGCCUUGGAUAAUCUUUUUGCCAAUACGAAUGUUAAGCCUAAGAAUAUUGGCAUUCUAGUUGUGAACUGUAGCUUGUUUAAUCCCACGCCGUCUCUUUCCGCUAUGAUUGUGAACAAGUACAAGUUGAGGGGUAAUAUAAGGAGCUUUAACCUUGGAGGAAUGGGUUGUAGUGCUGGGGUUAUAGCUAUUGAUCUUGCCAAGGACUUGUUGCAGGUUCAUAGGAAUACCUAUGCCGUUGUUGUGAGUACUGAAAAUAUUACUCAGAACUGGUACUUUGGGAACAAGAAGUCAAUGUUGAUACCCAAUUGCUUGUUUCGAGUUGGAGGUUCGGCGGUUUUGCUUUCUAACAAAUCUGUCGAUAGAAGGCGAGCUAAGUACAGGCUUGUUCAUGUUGUGAGGACCCAUAAGGGUGCAGACGAUAAGGCUUUUCGAUGUGUUUAUCAGGAACAGGAUGAUGCUGGGAAGACGGGGGUUUCCCUGUCCAAAGAUUUGAUGGCAAUAGCUGGAGGAGCUCUUAAGACUAACAUUACCACUUUAGGUCCUCUUGUGCUCCCCAUUAGUGAGCAGCUUCUUUUCUUUGUGACUCUCCUGGUUAAGAAGUUACUAAACUCGAAUAUGAAGCCAUACAUUCCAGAUUUCAAGUUGGCAUUUGAUCAUUUCUGCAUUCAUGCUGGAGGAAGGGCUGUGAUUGAUGAGCUAGAGAAGAACCUGCAGCUUUUGCCAAUACACGUAGAGGCUUCUAGGAUGGCUCUUCACCGGUUUGGAAACACUUCGUCAAGCUCCAUUUGGUAUGAGUUGGCAUAUAUAGAAGCUAAGGGAAGAAUGCGAAAGGGCAAUCGGGUUUGGCAGAUUGCAUUCGGAAGUGGUUUCAAAUGUAAUAGUGCGGUCUGGGAAGCGCUUCAUAGAGUCAAGCCUUCUCGAAAUGGUCCGUGGGAAGAUUGCAUUGACAAGUAUCCUGUGAAGACAAUUUCCUAGCUGGAGUUACGAUUUGGAUUUAUUCCAUUCAGGGAUAUACUUCUUCAUUAAGGUAAGUGCGAAAUUCUGCCGUAUCUGCCAAAAAAAAAAACAACUGGCAGUGUGGUAGAGCAACAUACUGGACCUCCUUUUUCUGUUUCUACUACCCUCGCUCUUGUGUUGGCGGUUUGGCUUUAUCUGUUAUGACCUAUACGAAAUGUCCGUUGGAUCUUCUCGCAAACCAACUUUUAAAACUUGUGGUGAGCAUUCUGCUUGUUAUUAUUUGUUUUCUCAAAUCCUUUCUUUACACAAUUAUUGUUGUUGUAUUGUGUUGUGACUGACCCGGUCAUUAAAUUUUUGGACGUGUUAAAAAAGUUAGUCUGGAAAGUUAAUUCCCUUUUUUUUAUCUGUUUGUUUUUAAAAUGUAAAAAAUUUGCCAGGUAAAAGUAAGUAGCAAUAGAAAAAGAUAGUAUUUUGGAUAAACUCUAAAGUUUAAUGAAUGAUGUUUUUCACUGCUA